AUGCGCUCUCACCCACUCCCCUUCAAAUUAUUCAACUCUAGACUCCUCAGAGGCCAUAGCUGUUAGCUAAGGCCAUUCCACCCACACCAGUUUCUUCAUCCUCACUAACAAUGGCUGCUGCUCUUUUCUUCUCUUAACUUCGUCCUCAAGCUCAACCAUUUCUUGUUGGUGGCAGGGCAGCAUUUAAGGUUGCUGCUGCUGUUCUCUGAGCAUUCACGACCUUAAUUUACUCGCUGGGCAGCCACACACGAUUCAAGAGAUGCAGACUCCUAAAGCUAGAAGCAGUUCCUGGGGCGUGCCGUCCAAGAGCUCUCCACAAUCGAUUGUCUCCGAGGCGUCGCCGAAGAACUCUCCUCAAGCUGCAUCAUCCGAAACAUCCCAAAAGGCUUCCCCUCGGGUCGCACGUCAGCUCAAGACAGGGCCACGGUACUCGGAGCAUACUGCAUCAUCAUCCAAUUUGGCGAGCCGACCCCCGAAAGAGAGAAGUCCUAAAGUAGCUGAUAAUCGGUCUCCCGGAGGUUCUGCCUCAUCUGAGAGGAAGCAUCCGAGCAAAGUUGCAGAGCUCAAGUCUCAGAUUUCACAGCUGGAAAAUGAUCUGAAAACCGUGAAGGAUCAGUUAUGCUCGACUGAAUCGGCAAAGAAGCAAGUGCAGAAAGACGCCGAGGAAUCCAACAAACAGCUUGCAGCCCUUUCUCUGAAGCUCGAAGAGUUCAAUAAGCAGGAGGUUGUGCAAUCCGAGCGUGUCCAAAAGGUUGAGCAGUCUGAUGAUUCGACUGCAUUGGCCGCUGCCCUGGAUGAGAUCGAGCAACUCAAAGGCCAGCUGCGAUCGGUAGCCAAAUCUGAAGCUGCCAAUUCCGAGCAUACAGAGAUCUGUAAGCUGAAAGAGAGUCUGUCGGAAGCUCAUCUGCUCAUGGAAGACAUGAAAAACCAGUUGAAGGAAUCGAAGGAGUCUGAAUCACAGGCGCAGGCGCUGGUAGACGAAACUCUGAUGCAGCUGGACUCGGCGAAGAAGAUGGUGGAGGUGCUCAAGACGGAUGGAAUAAAAGCGACAGAGACAUAUAAAGCAGUAGCUGCUGAGCUAGAGGAGUCGAGAGCCCGUGUUAAAUAUCUCGAGGAACUCGCAAGCAAGCACACUGCUGGCACCGAUUCUGUAAGUGAAGUUGAGGAAUUGAAAUCGGCUCUAGAGGCUGCGGAGAUAAGUUGCAAAGAAGAACGAGAGCAGAGCGCGGCUAAGGUGAGGGAUGUGCUCGAACUGGUCGAAAAAAUGAAAUCAGAGACGAGCCAGAGGGAGGAUGAGUUGGCUGCAGAGAUACAGAGAUCUAAAUACGAGAUCGAGGAGCUGAAGGGGAACCUCAUGGAUAAGGAGACCGAGCUGCAAGGCAUCUGCGAGGAGAACGAGGGGCUGGCGAUGAAGCUCGAGAGCACUCUUUCCGGCCAAAGGGAGAGCGCCAUGGAACGGGAGGUUCAAAAUCUGAGGGCCGAGAUCGAAAGCAUGAGGUCGAGCUUGUCGGAGAAGGAGAAAAUGUGGCGGAAUGUAAUGGACGAGAACGAGAAGCUGAAACUGGAGAAGAAAGAAAUCGAGGUCGUGUCUGAAAUCGAGGCUGCGACGGCUGUGGAGAAAGAGGCGGUUAUGAAGGUUGGGUACAUGGCGGAGGAGCUCGACAAGAGCAACCGUAAAGCAGCUAGGGCUGCCGAGCAGUUGGAGGCGGCGCAGGCGGCGAACACGGCGAUGGAAGCGGAGCUGAGGAAGGUGAAGGUGCAGUCUGACCAGUGGAGGAAGGCGGCUGAGGCGGCGGCGGCAAUGCUCAACAACGGGCAGCUGAUGGAGCGGACGGGAUCUAUGGACAGCCACUACAGCCCACAGAGCGGGAAGAUCGGGGGGCUGCCGUAUGGUGACGAGAUGGAGGAUGAUUUGUUGAAGAAGAAGAACGCCAACAUGCUGAGAAGGAUUGGGAUCUUGUGGAAGAAGCAGCAGAAAUAGUUAAGUGUAGCGUGUAAUGUUCCUGCAAUUUCUGGCAAAAACCUCAUAGAUAUUUAGUUUGUGCUAAGUAAGUAAAUUCCCCGAACAUGGUUCGACAUUUUCGUCUUC